UAGUAUCUUGGUUCCUAGUGCCCUUCUCUGGCCGUUGGUCCUUGACAGAGAAAGUGGGGUCCCACCCACUCCAGCCCUCUUAAAAUAAUUGAAGCCUCCUCUCCCCUUCUUUCACAUAUCCUUUCCUAACACCCUCCCCCAAGAACACCUCACUUCCCAUUCCUAUUACAAGCUACUAGCACCCCAGGACUCAGGUGAGACCAUGAACUGGCAUAGCACACAUUUCCACUGUGACCCUUCUGGCCUAUGGUGUGACACGUAUCCUCUUACCCACUGGGGUCACUCAGGUCUACCACAGCCAUGAGGGUGGUGCUGGAGGCUCUGAGCAACAACAGUCCAGGGGUGCUGCGGGCUAUGGACACAAGGUAAAAGUGCAAAGGGAAACCAACUCCCUUGGUCACCCGUCUAAGGGUUGUUUGUCCAUGUCCUCGAGGUACUCUGCAUCCCUUUCUGAGCCCCUGAGUUAUGCACUUGUGCAUGCUGUGUUUCUCCUCACGGCCCCUGCUCCCACAGUAACAACUCUGAGACUCAAAUAUAUUUACGAAUAUCUAGGCCAUUAACCUUGGCUGUUGCCUAACUAGCUCCUCGGUUAACUAUCCCAUUACUCUAAGGUCUGCCACAGGGCUGAUGACCUGGUCCUCAAGUUUUGCUGCUGUACACGUCAAUCUUCUGCGUUCAGGGGUCAAUCUUCCACCUAUCUCUCUCUAUCUCAGCAUCCCCCUCCUCCUGCUCUGAUGCUCCAUCUAACUUCCUGCCUCAGCUCAUUGUCCAAUCAGCCUUUUAUUGACAGGUGAAUGCUUUUACACAGUGAACAAGAGAUAUUCUCUGCAUUUCCCCGUUAGUCCAAUAAAAGGCUUCUUUUCUUACAAAAUAAACUAUAUACAAUAACAAUUAUAAUGUUCAGUUCAUAAGUUUUGGUAACCUUGGAGAACAUAUUCUGUUACCUAUCCUAUGUUGAGUUCAGAGUUCUGUACUAAAUCAACUUCUAUUAAUAACUUUUGCAUUAUCAAUUUAAAGUCCUACACAAUUUAGGCUUAAUUGUGAGACUACAACUAUCUAGUCUUUAACUCCAGAGACCUGAGGAGGAAUAAAUAUCACCCAAAUGUGUAGGAAGUGCAGGCAAGCAGCUUCUAAGACUCCCGAAAUUCCUCAUAAUGCUGGAGCACCAGUCUUCAGCCCUCUGGCCCAGUAUACCUGACAGACUUUUCUGUGCAGCAGGAAUUAUGAAGGACUUGGCUACCUUGUUCUCGCAAAGCUUGGCAGUUGAGUUCCUGUGUCCAUUUUGGACAGCAUUCUGUCAGCAGUUGAAGCAGUUUCUUGCCCAGUGGCAGCUUGCCACAUUUGAAGGAAACUCCAUAGGGAGAUUCUUUGAUGCUCAUCUUUCUUUGAAGUAGAAAAACGGGUUCUGUCAGGAGCAGACCUACCUCACUGCCAAAAAAGCCUUUUAAUAAUAAAACAUCUUUAAAUGUCAUAUUCUGUAGCUCUCUGAUGUUUCUGAAAACCAUCUAUAACUGAAUUGUCUGUUUCUAGCUAAUCACUACCUGAUUAACCUUGAAAACAUCUACUGGAAACUAAAUAAAACUUAUUUUGCCAUACAUUUGAUUGAGUAUUAAAAUAGUUUGUAAUAGCAGCUUUUAAAAGAACAGGAACUUAAUACGGCAUUUUUAAUAAUCACAUUGAUAUAAUACCACAAAUAAGAGUUGAAAACAGUAUGUUGUAGCAAAAUAUAACCUUAAUUUUGCAUCAAAAUACAAAGAUAUAUACCAAUGUAACAAAAUAUUACCUUAAUUUUGUAUCAAUAUACAAAGAUCUAUACCAAUGUAACAUUUUUGGCUUAAUACUCUUUGGCCUAAACUAGAUUUAAUAAUCUACCCUUUUGUCCUAUUACUCCUAUAUCCCCCCUCUCCCCUUAUAUUAAAUAGGAGAGAAAGGAUAGGAGAAAGAAAAAGAGAAAUCCCUGAGUCUUAACCAUUGUUUCUUCCCUGAUCCAAGACCAUUAUAACUUGUAACCACACCCCUUAAAAUGACAACCAUCCAUAACCUAUCUAACUAUCAAAUCACCCACCCCGCCUUUUGGGAAUGGCAUGUGGCUCUCUUAAAAUUGCCAUCUGUUGAUUUGGGGCAUAGUUUCCUUUUGGAGACCCAAGAAAACUGGGAAAAUGGUCAAAUCCUAAGAAAGCUAGAUGUAGUUGUCCUGUCUCUAGGUGCUAAGAAAGUUCAGGACUUAAGUCCUGACUACAACAGUCUGCAAUGCUGACCAACUGGGGUUAAGUAGUUUUCUUUGAAGCUAUCCUGGAUGCAGAAUUUCGAGGAACCAUCAUUGGGGCAGUCUGAGGAUCAGGCAAGAUGCUGGAAUACAUACUGUAAGGGUCCAUGAUUCGCUGAAGAAUGAUACCCCAGACUCAAAUAGAUGCAAGAGCAAAGAAUGUUUAUUCUGCCUGGAGUUUUUCCAGUACCUGACUUGCCCAGUUCUGGGAAAGAGAUCUAGACCUAGUCUUCUGAACUGCCAGCUUGAAGCCUGCCAUGGAGUCAGCCUGUCUGUCCUCUCACUGUGCCUCGGCAUCUCAGCAUCCUCAAGGUGAAUCCUGCCAGGGCUUUUCUCGUCGUUUUUCUCCGUGAGCAUAUAAACUUUCAAAGGUAUUAUACACUUCCAUAUUAACAUAAGUAUGAAAAGUACAGUGCACACAAAUCAGUGAACAAUGAUUCUUUGCUCUUUGAGUAGAUGAAAGACAUCUGGUCUGUCUUUAUACGUUGGUUUAGAUUAUCUGACCAAACUAUAACAGAAACUUUCAUCCAAGCCAUAUGGAAGGAUGGAAUGACAGGUCCUGAUCCUGCCUGUCUUUUGCUGAUCUACAGUCAUUAGUCCUGUGUCAGCCUUUGCCACAUUUUUUUUUUGCAUAUUUCAGAAGGCUGGGCCUUUUUUGAUUAUCUCUAGAAAAACAUUGUUUCUAGGAACACUUUGCCUAUAAUCCCCUUUGAAAUAACCUUAUUUACCAUAAUUAAAACAUCUGACAUUUUGAUUUUUCUUAAAACCUUUAAAAUAUUUUUUUUAAAGUGACAUCUGUUUUUGUGACUAUUAAUCCUUUGAGCUCAAGUCUACCCAACUGUAAUUUUAACUUUGGUCUCUUAUCAUUUAUAGUUUGUCACAAUAUCUGAUUUUUUGGUAUCUUUAGAAGCUGUUUUAUCCAUAAGAACAGCUCUAUCUAUGUAUAACAUGUGUUUACUUAAGUUUUGAGCAGUAGUUUGUCCUACCAGUCUCAGAUGUUUUUCAGAAUACUCUUUCAUUGGUGGACAGGAAAUGAAUGGCUCGUGUUGGGUUUUGCUGAGCCCCGAGCAAAGCCUCUUAGGUUUCCGAUAUUGAGGAAUUGCCUUGAAUAUCUUUCGGGGGAGCUACAUUCAUGAGCUUUAUAUCCAUUUCUUCCACAUCUUCUACAUUUCACAGGAAACGUCUUCCCUGAGUUACUAUGGAAGGAUUUAUCCUUACCAACUAGUUGUCUCCAGUCCUUUAGGGAAUGGCGUGCUCAUUCACAGCCACAGUUGCAGGCUUUUUGCGCUGUUUGUCUCACCAUAACUGAAUGGUGAGCAUUAAACUCGACAUCCGCAAGAGUUUUCAUCCAUUUAUAUAGAGGUGCAGAUCUGGCCCUUAAAUGCCUAGUAGCCUUUUUGCAUUCAGCAUUAGCAUUUUUAAAAGCUAAAGAUUCAAGUAAAAUGUCUCUAGCAGUUGGAUCUGCGAUUGUCCGAGCUAUAGUUAAUCUUUCUAAAAAUCCACUGAAAGAUUAACUUGAACCCUGGGUUAAAACAGAGCUCCACCCUGUUGUUCAGGCUCCUGUAAGGCAGUAUUGUUCUAGAACAGCAUCAUCAAGGGUGAUCUGUACUCUCAACUCAGAAGAGACCUUCACCUAGUAACUGAUCCCUGACUGUCAAUGCCUCCAGUCCUAUUUCAUUGCCCCGAGACUGAAGCCUCAUCUCUCCACCGUGCCAGCCAUUGUAACUGAGGUCCAGGUUCUAAGAUGGCUGGUGUCAAAUCUCUCCAGUCGUUUAGGAUUAUAUGAUUUUGUGUGGCCCAGUUAUUACAUAUGGCGAAUGUAAGUGAUAGCUCAUUACUGCUUCCUUAAACUUUCUAAAAUCCGGUGCCUCUCUAAGUUGCCAUUCAAAUUCUUGAUAACCCUGUGGGUUUCUUUCAUCUCCCAAUUCCUUUAUCCAGUCUGGGAAAACCAUUUUAGGUUUUUAACAGAUACCGCCGAGUGGCCUUUUCAGUCUUGUUGCAAGGUAGUGCUGUAUGUUCUGGCCUUCCCCCCUCUAAGUAUCUCAAUUCUCAGAAUUUUUUCUAAUUUUUCUUCUAAAGCCCAUCUCCAUUUUGUAUAUUUUUUCUUGUAGCUCUACUAUCUUAGUAUUUUCAUUUUUAUUUGUAAAUCUUUCCAAUUUCUCUUCUAUGGCUUGUCUCCAUUUUUCAUAUAUCUCUUCUUGUAUCUCUACUACUAUAGAGUUUUCCUCAUUUUUAUAAUUUUUCCAAUUUUUCUUCUAAGGCUUGUAACCUACCAUUCCCACCUUCCAGUCUUCUCCUUAUCUAAGUUUGCUUUCUUUUGAUCGCUAUUAAAAAGGAUAUAUAAAAUUUGUAAUCGUUACUGAAAAAAUUAUUCCUAUGCUGAUAAGUAUAGCAAAAUUAUAGACUCCAGAUGCCCUGUGCCACUGAGUUUCUUUCCAUUUUUAACAUAGAAAAUAUUUUUUCCUUAAGGACUUCGAUCUACCAAUUUUAAACUAUAUUUAUCUACGAUGUUUUGCACUUGGCCUCUUUCCUCUUUAUUUUUUUCAAACUUAAUACUUUACCAGUUCAGAAGUUUGGGGCUUUUUAGUCCCACGGCAGCUGCGGGAAAAUGUUCCUUUUGCCCUUUAGUGCGUCUGCAGGCUCCGCAGACCACCAAGUGUCUAUGGCGGCUAACUUCACCCCCUCAACUCAGUUCAGGAGGGGGCUGCCCCAUUGGUUCCAUCUUCUGCCGUCCGGGCCAGGCCUUCCCGACCUGCUGCUCCUGAAUGGCUUUAGUUCUUUACCAGCAGCCACGGGCUGGAAGCCAGGCCUACUUGCCCCAGCUCUGGGUCGCACACUGCGCUUAGUUCGCGCAGCCCUGAGAAGCUGCUCGCCUGCGGGACACGCCAGAGGCUCGUGGCGGGGCGCUGCCCGACUCUCAGCAGCCGCGGGAGCGCAAGCCCGCCCGGGCCGCUGCAGACGCGCAGUUGCUUAUCGACUGCCGCUCAAGUGCUCGGCCCGCCGCUACGGGAAAUCUUAAAGUAGCCCUGCCUGGCUUUCAAGUCUAGCUCCCGCUGUCCAGUUGCCUGCCCCAGCAACGUCGGACGCACUGGCUGCAGAAGUCGUGGCCGCAGUCGGUCAUCACCAUAAGCUCUGGCUGUUCCCUGACUAGUACGUAAGUUCUGCCACGUGUAGCGGGUUACCUGGUCCUCAGCUUUUGCUGCUCUCUCCAUCAGCGUUCUGGGGCCAAACUUCCGCCUAGGUCGAUCGCAGCACCUACCCCGCCCCCUCUUUUCCAGACAUCACACCUUCUAAUUUCCUGCCUAAGCUCAUUCAUUGGCCACUUUAUUGACCAGAGAAUGUUUUUACGCAGUGCACAAGAGAUGGUCUACAGAACCCACGGCCAAAGUUUGCAGCACCCGGGUCUGGGGGAGCGGGGACACCUUCCUGCGGAAACCUGUCACCGCGAAAAUGCGAUCUCUUGCACUAUAAUUCGAUCCCAUCGCCGAGCCUUGGCCGAUCCAAGACACAAGCGGGUUCUAAAAAAAAUAAUAAUAAAAACCAGUUUCCUGCUUCCGCCGCGGUUCCUCUUCCGGCGGAAGUGUGCGAGCCUAGUGCCGGAUGUACCCACUACCCAGGAGGCUCAGAGUGCCGCUACCUGCUCCCAGCCUGCACCUCCUGCGCUCUCGCAGCGGAGUAGCCUGAUUCCCCCCUGCACCACGAAGAGCUUGAUCCAGGCGCCGACGCCAGCAUCAUGGCCGCCCCAGACUUGUCCACCAACCUCCAGGAGGAGGCCACCUGCGCCAUCUGCCUUGAUUACUUCACGGACCCGGUGAUGACCGACUGCGGCCACAACUUCUGCCGCGAGUGCAUCCGACGUUGCUGGGGCCAGCCCGAGGGCCCAUACGCGUGUCCUGAGUGCCGCGAGCUGUCGGCACAGAAGAACCUGCGCCCCAACCGCCCGCUUGCCAAAAUGGCAGAAAUGGCACGGCGCCUGCACCCGCCUUCGCCUGUCCCGCAGGGCGUAUGUGCGGCGCACCGCGAGCCGCUGACCACCUUCUGCGGCGACGACCUCAACCUGCUGUGCCCCACCUGCGAGCGCUCGGAGCACUGGGCUCACCGGGUGCGACCGCUGCAGGAGGCGGCCGACGACCUCAAGGGGAGGCUGGAGAAGUCACUGGAGCACCUGCGGAAACAAAUGGAAGAUGCGACGCUGUUCCAAGCCCAGGCCGAGGAAACCUGUGCCUUGUGGCAGAAGAUGGUGGAGAGCCAGAGGCAGAAUGUGCUGGGUGAGUUCGAGAGGCUGCGCCGCCUGUUGGCAGAGGAGGAGCAGCAGCUGCUGCAGAAGCUGGAGGAAGAGGAGCUGGAGGUCCUGCCCCGCCUGCGCGAAGGUGCUGCGAGGCUCAGCCAGCAAAGCUCGCAGCUGGCAGCCCUCAUCUCAGAGCUUGAGAGCCGCUGCCAGCUGCCAGCGCUGGGUUUACUGCAGGACAUUAAGGACGCCCUGUGCAGGGUGCAGGAUGUGAAGCUGCAGCCUCCAGCAGUGGUGCCCAUGGAGCUGAGGACCGUGUGCCGGGUCCCAGGGCUGGUGGAGACCCUGCGGAGGUUCCGAGGGGACAUAACCCUGGACCCAGACACCGCCAAUCCGGAGCUGGUCUUAUCUGAGGACCGGAGAAGUGUGCAGCGUGGUGAGCAGCGGCAGGCCCUACCUGACAGCCCAGAGCGGUUUGACCCAGGACCCUGUGUGCUGGGCCAGGAGCGCAUUACCUCCGGCCGCCACUACUGGGAGGUGGAAGUCGGGGACCAGACCAGCUGGGCACUUGGCGUGUGUAAAGAAACUGUCAACAGGAAGGAAAAAGGGGAGCUGUCAGCUGGCAAUGGGUUCUGGAUCCUGGUGUUCCUGGGAAGUUUCUAUAAUUCCAAUGAUCGGGCCUUCUCCCCACUACGGGACCCUCCCAAGCGUGUGGGGAUUUUUCUGGACUAUGAAGCUGGUCAUCUCUCAUUCUACAGUGCCACAGAUGGAUCGCUGCUGUUUAUCUUCCCUGAGACCUCCUUCUCAGCUUCAUCUUGAGGACACCGUAUGACACUUCUGUUUGUCCCAGGCAGGGAAAGUAUACCAGGUAAGUACAGCACCUGGCUUGUGCAGCCACACUGGCUGUGACUUGUAAACAGUGUGCUGCAUUUGUGAUUUCUGGGGCAGGAGACCCUGGCAAACAGAUAAGACCAACAUGUGCUCCAAGCCCCUGCCAUGGCUUUGGAGAAGAACAGGAGAUGGGUCCUGAGGGAGGAUGAAGUUCAUGACCAAAGCCAAAUACUGCCUUCUAUAAGUCUGAAAUGGUCCUUGUCCGGGGAAUGUACAUACAGCCAGAAACUCCCGUAUUCUCAUGGGGAGCACACUCCAUGCAGUGAAUGAGAUUAAGGGCAGAUAAUGUAGUGGGUGAGCUCUGCUGGAGCCGGGACUGGGUCCUAUCCCAGCAGUGGGGGAACUCUGAAAUGAGACAUUGCCAGAGAGCCAGAUGUUGGUCGGGAAAGAUCUCAGGAAAGCAGUGAGACCCUCCGAUGUGGAGGCUCUCUAAGGUUCUUGGGAGCUACUCUCCUGUUGUGCUCCUCAGACCUAAGUCAAAGUCUUGUCACAGAUUCCCACCCACACAAUUUUAGCCAGCCUAAGUGAGUUAAAACUGUCUUCCUCAAGGACAAGUGCAUUUAACUUCUAAGGCGUUGGUUCUCGACUUUCCUAAUGUCCUUUAACACAGCUCCUCGCGUUGUGCCUCACCACCACCAUAUAAUUAUUUCAAUGCUACUUCAUAACUCUAACUUUGCUUCUGUUAUGAAUAGUAACAUAAAUAUCUGAUAGGCUCUAGGCCAUCUCUCCAGCUCAUUUGUUUCCUUGACAGUCUCUAACUGAAGCAAGAUAGAACUUCGGUGUAGUUGCUGUUUUGAGGCAAAGUUUUACUAUGUAGACCAGGUUGGCCUUGAGCUCAGAGCUACAGAGGACUAGCCACCACGCCUGGCCUCUCACUGUACUUCCGGUUUGCAUUUCCCUGGUAGCUAAGGACAUUGAAUGUUUUCAUGUGUUUAUUGGCUAUUUGUACCUUUUUUGACAGUUGUCUAACAUUUUCAUUGGUUAGAUGAUGUUUUUUAUUAUCUAGCCAAUAUUUUUAUUAUCUAACCAACUGUUCUUUAUACAGUCUGGCUACUGCUCCUUUGUCAGAUGACUAGCAAAGAUGGCUCUCCUGUUCUGUAGGGUCUUUCCACUGGCCAUUGCUUCCUUUGCUGGCCAGAAGCUAUUGGAUUAUAUGUUACCCAUUUGUAUCCCAGAAGGUUCCUACUUUGCUAUGUACCCAGAGGCAGGGAGAGUCUGACGGGAAAGUGAGCUCUGGAGAGAGAUGCUUGGUGUUUCUGGAAUGCUUGCAGCCUACUGUUCAGAGAUCUACAUCAGGGCAGGUGGACUUGAAGUCAAAAGAUUUCCACAGUAUGUUUGCUUGUGUUGCUUUAGCUGUUAAGGGCCGAUUUCCCUUAUCUCGUUCUCCCACCCUCUGGUGUUCAUAAUUAACUUGAGGACAUUUCAACUUGUCCUCUAUCAGUGGCACAGUCAGGGACCCUCACCUGACUAUAAGAAGUGCCACAGUCAGGGACCCUUACCAGAGGCAGUAAUAGGAGCACAGACUUCAACUUUCAGCUCCCACGUUAGAAGAUAAAUAAUUGUUUUCACAUAUCCAGCAGCCUCCAGUGCUGUAUUACAACUGCAAACAAACUAAGGGUAUGUCUCCGCUGCGUUGAUUCUGCUGAGACCAGGACAGAGGCAAUGGGAAGACUGAGGGUGGCCUGGGUUUUACCAUGGCCUCAAGUCAGCAACUCCAAGACAAGACCUCAAUAAAGACUCCAGGAGGUUCAUGGUCAGCAGUACACCUUGAAUAGUCUCUUGGCACCCUUAAUCCAAGAGCUAACACAACCAAGAAAUUCAAGGCACACCUUGCACACAUGGGCAGGAGAGAGAUGGGUAGGUUCUUGUGAAGAGAAAUAGCAGAGGCCCCAGGGGCUAAUAGAAAUGCAUGAACAGCUGGGAGGAAUGGGAGGGCAUUACUAAGGCUUCAGGAGCCAAAGGUUCCUGCGACCUCCAGUUGUUGCCAGUCUGGCGUUUAUCAGUUGACCCCAAAGUAAUGGAAGUUCCCCACCCCCCAGGGAAGGGCACUCUCCAGAGGGGACACUUGUCUCCCAGAUUUCAGACAGUUCUAACAGCCUGUUUUACAGAGCGUUUUGCAAGACAAAACUGAAACCCAGGUGACUGGUGGAUGAGACUGCAGCUUGGCUGCUUAGCUGUGCCUACCCUUGGCCCUCUAAACUUUAAUCUUUCGUCAGACGCUGAAGUUCUAUUUGAGGGGGUUGCUGUAUCUCAAGUGUCCCUCUUCCCGAUGAAGCAACAUUUUAAUUGGCUUAUUGAGGAUGGGUGGUCGGACCUGACUUGAGGCAAGAGUUGUGAUCCCUAUGUUCCGUAACCCCAGGGAGGUGACUCAACGAAGCAGAACACUCUUUGGGCGUUUGGCAUCUUUUAUUGGCGGCUGUCCGCAUGUGUGGCACAUCAAGUUCUGUAGAGCUGGACCUCAGCGCACCUGGGCCAGGUUGUGCUUCUUGUAGAGGAGUGCCCGCCGCUUCUCGCGC